UAUGAAGCCGGCAGCGGUCGGCGUCAACUUGUGGUACACCACUUGAACCCAACCUCUUACCUCAAAGCACCAACCAUGGCUUCUUGGAUCUGGGGAACAUCUCAGUUUGACGAGGAAGUUGAUAAAGCCACGUCUGAACUCCUUCCCACUGACCAAGAGGAUAUCGCACUAAAUCUGGAAAUAUGUGACCAAAUUAAAUCAAAACAAGUGCAGCCAAAGGAUGCCAUGCGCGCUCUCAAAC